UGCGUUACCUGACUGUGGCGGUGUCAGAGCCCAGCCCAGGGGUCCCCCAGUUCAUGUCCACCGGGUACCUGGAUGGGAUCCCCUUCGUGCGCUAUGACAGCGAGCGGGGCCAGAAAGUGCCGCUGACACAGUGGAUAAAGGAUGGAGCCGAGCCGGGAUAUUGGGAGAGGCAGACCCAGAUCUGCGAGGGAUGGCGACACGUGGAGGCCAGGAACCUGGAGACACUGCAGGACCGGUACAACCAGAGCGGGGGUUUAUGGCUGUGAUCUCCUGUCUGAUGGGAGCAUCCGUGGAUCCAGUCGGCUCGGCUAUGACGGAUGGGAUCAUCUCUCCUUUGACCCAAAAUCUGGGAAAUUCGUGCCAGCCAACAGUUCUGCUGAGACCAACGGGAAGCACUGGGAACAGGAAGGGAUUGAGGUUGAGAGGUGGACGAAUUACCUGAAGCAUCUCUGCCCCGAAUCUCUCCGGAAAUACGUUGGAUAUAGGCAGAAGGAGCUGGAGCACAAAGAGCCCCCUGAUGUCCACAUGUCUGGAAGAGAGGAACACGGGACGCUGAUCCUGUCCUGCCACGCGUACGGAUUCUACCCCAACACCAUCACAGUCAGCUGGAUGAAGGGGAGUGAUACCUUGGAUCAGGAGACGGAGCGGGGCGGGAUCGUUCCCAACAGCGACGGCACCUUCCACACCUGGGCCAGGAUCGAGGCGCUGCCGGAGGAGCGGGAGCAGUACCGGUGCAGGGUGGAGCAUCCCGGCAUGCCAGAGCCCAGGAUCUUCGCUUGGGAGCCAACAUCUGGCGGGAAUCUCACCGUGGUGGUCGCUGUGUCCGUCAUUGCUGCCAUCCUCAUCCUCAUUGGAUUCGGAUUCAGCGUCUGGAAGCUCCAAUCUGGGAGGAGGGACAGGAGUGGAUACAACCCGGCAGCUGGAAGGGACAUGGGAACCAACAGCUCAAGCACAGUGUUUUUAAGGCAAGAAACACAAAUACUCACAAUGCUUCACUUCUGGUGUGAAAUUAUCCUGCUUUGGGCAAUAAAUCCGGGUUCCCUUCACCAGUGUCUGGAAGUUCUUCUCUGGGAGCCAGGAAUGGGAAUGGGGUCACUGGGACAGAGAUGGAGACACCGGGAGCAGGGAUGGGGACACCACGAGCAGGACGGGCGCAUCAGGAGCUGGAUUGAGACACCAGGAGCAGGAUGGGGACUUGUUAGCCACACCCAGCUCCAUCCCCUGCAAUUCAUUUCCUGCUCCAUGCCACAUGUCCAAGGUGCCCCCAGGGCGGUAUGGCUGCCUUGGGUUCUUGGAGGGACAGUGGGAUGGUGGGGGGGUCAUGCCAGGCCUUGUUGUCCCCAGUGGUCCUUGAGUGUCCCAAAAUCAGGGCUUGGGAUCUCAGAGAGGUGCUCUUGUGGUUUGAGAGGACGUGAGUUUUUUGGGAUUCUGUGUGUUGUAUUGCACUAAAUAGUUUAUUUAGUU